CUCCGACUACAUCCUGUCCGAACUCACCAUUCUUUAUUUCAUCUAUGCAUGCUGGCUUGCAUCAACAUAGCCUUGCGACUGCGUCAGCCCCCGCAGUGGGAACUCUUUAUACCUAUACAAUUUAGCAAAACCGUGGAGAUUGAUAGCCGCGAGUCAGAACCGCUCUCGGUUGUACCCAUACGUGGUCUCCCACUUUUUAUCCCGAACUAUCGCCCGUCGCUGAGGCCAAGACCCGCGGCGGUAAGAAUAACAAAUAUACACACACACAACAAGCUUCCACUUGAAUCGUUUUCCACGGCUUCCGUCAAAUCCCUCAAGGUCACACACGUUCUCCAACUAUUCCUUGUCCCCCUGAUCCACCCGCUGCCUGCCUCGCACUUAUCCCUGCAACUAGGUCUAAAUACCCGAUUUGCCAUUCUCCCUAUACCGUUCAUCCCGAGUGAGAUCUCCACAACCCUGCCCGCUUCUAAAACCACCUUUUUAACCCAUCCUGCAAUUUUUUCCUCCGUGUUUCCCCCAUAAACUUUGACUACAGGGUUUUUGGUAUCAUCCCCUUCGCGCAACCAGCUAACAAGGAACGAUGUCUUUCCUCUCCGUACCAUCAUCGAACAACAUUACAACUCCGACUUCUUCCCCUCAUCAGCAUACCGAGCACUCACCCGCGUCCGCUCAAUCGGCACAAUAUUC